AUGACGGCGCGUUCCAAAUAUUUUUGCCAAAUACAGGCGUGCAAUGUCAUAUUGAUUAUAGCCGGUCUUACAGCGGUAGGCCUUGCUGCUAGUCAAUUUUCGAAUUUUUCUCUCAAUAAUUACCGGAAGAUUGAUCUGCGACUGCUAAAUUGGAUUUAUGUACUUUCUGGUCUAGUAGGCUUGUAUACAUUGUCUUGUAAUCAUGGGAUUGUUGUAGCCAAGACAGUGCAUUGUGUAUCAAUUGUUGUUGCCAUCUAUUCCACAGCAUUCUACUGUGUUACACUUUCCGAGAUAGUGUAUCUGCACGGUGCAUCGAUAGAUGAACUAGCCAGUCAUCAAAAUCAAAUGCAACAUGAUAUAAGGGAGAAUUUUACGGCUAAGCUGGUCAUUUGUUCUCUUAUGAUUUUAGUGCCGAUCAUUGCUUGCUUAGCAGCACUUGUCGCUGCUGCACUUCUUGACCGUCUUGUCGUCGUUAGCCAACCUACUUGGCCACAGUAUUCCCGUGACCAGAAUAAGAAAUAUCGUACAAAUCGUAUAGGCCUUACUACGUUUGCUGCAAUAAAAUUAUUUUUGGCACUAUGCGCUCUAACUUUAGCUAUUUUGCUCGAGUAUGAGCAUCAAAUGUUAUCAAAUCAAGAUCCAUUCGUGUUGAUCGCUCUCGACCAUAUUGCUGCACUCUUGGCAAUUGUUAGCGCAAUUGUAGACUUGCAUUCAGCUGUCAUCAACAGACAACCUGUAGCUAAUUAUAAAGUUGCCAUCGGAGUAUCAGUGAUUGCAGCAGUUUGGUGCCUUAAAUUAUUGGAUAUUGAAAUGUACCCCUAUUAUUAUAAUGAUAUUCAGAGAUGGCGAGGAAUAAGCGCAAUUACUCGAAAUGGAACUCAACUGGCAUUGUUUGCUUUACUUUUCGGUUUAAAUUUGCUAUCUGCUGUUCAAGCUAGUAAAUGUAUUCGAUACGAAUAUUGUAACGAAAAUUCGAUGAUCCAAAAGAAUUUCGCUUUCCAGAGCAGAUGCUUAGGGUUGUUGCAUUUUAUCUGGGGAUUGUUACUGAUAGCGCUUGUGGUACUUGGACUGGUUGAUGUUUCCUGGAAUGUUAAUUAUAUCGGCGCUGAUUUAAUGUGGCUUGCAGUCUUGUUCUUCGCUACAGGCCUAUUAUGCAUAACAUAUUCUGGCUCGCAAUUAUCAACUCAUUUUCUGCUUGAAUUUAUCUGUUUUACAUGCUCCCUAGAAAAGAUGUGUGCAAGUAUCAAUCUCACAUAUCAGUCCGCAACUUAUCCCGCUUUUAUUCACGGUCCCAAGGAUGCAUUUUUUGGACGAUUGAUUUUGCACUCCAUACAACUUGCGAUCCUAUUUUUGGGGUCUCUUACGGCAUUAUUUUCCCUAAUUAUAUACGGUAGUGCACUGAGACAACGAUAUCGCCGCGCAAUAAAGCAUUCCACAUGUAUGCAUAUAAUAUUGCUUCUGGGCAAUAUGUUCUACGGCAUAGUACUGAUUGGUUGUCAUGUUGUAUUCACACUUGGUUAUUGGCGAUUUUCUGAAUCACUGGUCGAAAUUCCAUACUUCCAAAUGGGCAAUGGUCUACUGGUAUUUGGCAUUUCCAUCUUGCAGGCGGCGAUGUUGUUUACAGUUGAGGAAUUUCGAUGGAUUAUUGAAGUGGCAUUAAUAUUAACUGCUUGUGCCACUGCUGCAUGUGUUACUUGCUCAUUUUGUUCAGCGUUUGCUGUCGUUAGUUUUCUAUACGCAGUGAAUCAGAGACCCGCAAGCAGCACAUCAACCAUCGUACUGUGUGAAGAAAACAACUAUGGUACUCUACGGACAUUGGUCAGUCCACAACUCCAGACACCACCAGUUCGACAGAUGGAGGAACAAUCGAUUUAUUGGUCAACAGACGAAAAUCCAUAUUAUUAUCAAGCAUCAAAACGUUACUACGAUCAACCUUACAGGAUUGACUCAGGAUUUUAUGGAUAUGCGCUCGUCAACCCACAAAUAUUUGAAUCACCAUAUGCGGGGAUGGAUGCAGAGAGCAGUGGUAGGGUCGAUUCUGGACGGUAUUUUCGAAAUAUUAAUUCUUCUGCUGCACAAACAAGAAUUGGACAUAUUUUCAAUUAA